AUGGCGGCGCAGGGGAUCGCGGACGCCGUGCAGGCUUACACCGGCCUCUCGCCCGCGGCCGCCUUCACCGUGGGCGAGAUCACGCUGGAGCAGCUCAGGGCCUAUGACGGCAAGGAUACCGCCAAGUCCAUCCUCAUCGCCAUCCGCGGUCAGGUCUACGACGUCUCGCGCGGGAGGCUGUUUUAUGGACCUCAAGGACCAUACUCCUUGUUUGCUGGGAGGGAUGCAUCUCGGGCCCUGGCAUUGAUGUCAUUUGACCUUAAUGACCUGACUGGAGACUUGGAAGGCCUGAGUCCAGACGAACUGGAGGUUUUACAAGACUGGGAAGAGAAGUUUAAAGAGAGGUACCCUGUGGUGGGUCAUCUUCCUUGUGAGAAGGCAACAGCUGGUGCUCAGCCUGAUCACGAGGAAGAGAAGGCCUAA